AUGUCCGUAAUCCACCGCCCUGCCCAUCUCACCCAUGCCGCAGCUAAAGUUGCCUCGGCCGCCUGUAUCGAAAAGGCGCGCGCCAUCAAUGUGCCCAUGAAUAUCGCCAUCGUCGACGCCUCCCUGUACCUUUUGCACUUUGAACGAAUGCCAGGCGCGAAACUCACGUCGGUCGACAUUGCGCAGAACAAGGCCUUCACGGCCGCCGGCCACCGCGCCCCGACGUCCGUGUACAAGGAGAACGUGUGGCCCGGCGGUCCGGCGUUCGGCCUCAACAACAGCAACGGUGGGCGGUUCAUGUACGUGGCUGGCGGCAUUCCGAUCGUUGUGGAUGGCGAGGUCGUCGGUGCCAUUGGGUGUAGCACGGGGACGCCGCAGCAGGAUUCGGAAGUUGCACAGGCGGGCGUCGACGCGAUUACCGAACUUGUCAAGAAGACGAAGGAGCCAAAAGCCAAGUUAUGA